GGAGUUAGUAGAAAUUUGUCAUUUGGCUAUUGUUCAAUGUUGUUUUUAUGCUUUUCAACACAAAUGGAUGAGAUUCGAUCGUGGUGGCAAGUUCCCUCUAUUGCCCACUUCUGUUCGCUUUUUCGUUCUGCAUUUGCUCUGACUGAUUUUGAUAUCGAGGAUCUUGAAGAUGCACUCGUGAUAUCUGGAGGUCAAGAGGAAAGUCGAUUUUUGGCAGACUUACACGCUCGACUAUUACGGGGAUUGUUUAGUAAGAAAGCAGAUAUAAAUGCUAGCAACUUUGAACCAUUUCUUUCGGAAGUCUUGAAAGUGCGAUGGACAGACGAUCCAUUAGUGCAGCGGAAAAAUCCUCUUGACAACGUGAGCUAUCAUGAGUUGUCGAUAUGGGAGAAAGUGGAGAUCUUACAUGAUCUUUGCAACUGGCGAUUGGACUGUGAUGACGUCACUGAUCAUCUUAAAGGCAUGGAGGCAGAUAGUUUACGUGUCGAGCCGUUGGGUUGCGAUGCGUGCAAUAACACGUAUUGGUAUUUCUCCGGUACGAGAUUAUACAAAGAACAUGUUGAAAAGACGGACACCAAGGAAUUAGGAAAGAAAAAGCUGGCAAAAAAGAGGAGGCGCUUAAAGAAGAAAAAACGAUUGAAAAAGCAUUCAAGUUCGGAAUCUGAUGCCGAAACAUCCAGCGAUAGCGAAUAUUUGCCCGAGGAAGAGGAAGAAGAAGAAGAAAGCGAAUCAGAGGAAGAAUUAAGGAAUGAAGAUAUGGUCUUCGAAGAUAAUGCAAAAAGAACAUGGUCGCUUGUGUGUUCUACGAAGGAAGAUUGGGAAGAUUUGACUAAAACGUUUUCAAAAAGCCAUAACAGAAGAGAAAUACGUCUACAUCAAGCUCUUACGGUGGAUUUUCUUGCAGAGAUUUCACAAAUGUUGGAGAAUAAGGAAAAAGCGUUUCGCAAGAAACUUUUGGUUGAAGUGGCUCCCAGAAGAUCAUCAGACAGAAUAGCGAUCAAAGCACAGCAAAAAGAAGAAGAGGAUAAACAGGCAGAGAUUGAAAGAAUACAAGAGAAAGAGAGAUUAGCAGAGAUCAAGAAGCAAGAAGCUGAAGCGAAGGAGAAGGAACGUCAAGUUCUCGCCGAAAAGCGUCAGAAGGAACGGGCUGAAAGAGCAAGGUUGCGUCAGGAACGACAAUGGAUAAUGAUGAAUGGCGGUGACGUUCCCGAAGAAAUCCUACAAUCUUUGGAAAAGACUGAUGACGGCGAGGAAAGUGAGGAAAAUGAGGAGAAAAAACUCGAUGAUUUAGAUAAGGCUUUUGAAGGCGAUAUUGACAUGUUUACUGGAAUGUACAAAGUGGUGGAGUCUUUAAAAAAUCACGAGGAUGGAUGGCCUUUUCUCGAGCCUGUUGAAGAAUCGUAUGCUCCCAAUUAUUUCGAGAUCAUCGAAAAACCAAUGGAUUUAUCGACGAUCGAAAAGAAAAUCGACGAAAAAAACUACAAAGGACUGAAGGAGUUCAUUUCCGAUAUGAAAUUGAUGUUCAACAACUGUUUAGAGUACAAUGGAGAGAACAGUAGCUACACGCAAAUGGCUCAAACUUUAGAGGGCGUGUUCCAGCGACAGAUGAAAAAACAUUUUCCAGACGACGAUAAUCCAUCCAGUGACGACGACUUUGAAGAAGAACUUACGGAGUCAGAACUUCGCAAACUGAACAAGAAGAGAGGCGACGUCAAUGGAGCGGAGGAGGACUCAAUGACCACUACAUACACUCACAAACCAAAUCAAAUGUUUAAUCCACGCGCGAAUCCUGCGUUAUUCGCGCAGCAUUUUGCUAUGAACCCAAUGGCUGCUGAUAUGGCACGCAUGAUGCAAGAUCCCAUGGCAUUUCAACGUAUGCCAUACAUGCGACAACCGUUUUAUCCUCCCCAAAUGUUCCCCGGCCAAUCCGCUUACCCUAGAUAUAAUAUGAACAAUUUCCCACGUGGACCUGGGUCCAUGUAUCCCCCGCACAUGAUGGGUGUUGGACAUCCCGCUUAUCGUAUGAAUCAGCAAACUCCUGUAUCGAUUCGAAGUCAAGAAGUGCCACCUGCUUUAGUGCGUGGUGAAUCUCCUAUUGCCACGAAAGGUGAAGCCAGUUCCAUGAUGUGGACAAAUAAUCGCGACAAUCGACUCGGUAAUCCUUAUAGUAGACCACCUAUGGUACCCGGGGCCGCCCCUUGGCAAACUAGUGCCAGGAUGGCGCUUCCGGGAUGGAGGCCCUCUGUCAUGUUGAACGGUGUCAGACCUCCAGUGUCCUCUCAACAACAACUGGCGGCCUCAGUUCAGGGACCUGGGACUAAUGGUGGCGGUGCAGGUUCUGAAGUAACUGACCAAAAAGGAUUGAAGAACAUCGGGAUGGAGAAUGCGACUACUGGAACUAAAAUGGACGGCAAAAUUCGUGAAACAGGAGUAUCAAUUCCAACAAGUAGCCAUCCAUCAGAAGAAGACCUGCGCUUUCCCUUCGUCGUUAACCAAGAUCGAACUCCGGCUCCUGCCAAUCCAGUACCAUCAAUACAAAGAAGUAGCCCCAGUACAUCGGACGGUUUUACAACCCGCUCUGCGGGCAAAAUGACGGGCGUUGAAGAGGUGAAAGCUUCUGUCGACACUGUAGAAUCGGAAGACGGCAAAGUCUUUGUCAAUCUCACGUCAAAGUCAAGUCAACAGAGAGUGGGUGAAAAACGUAGCAAUCCCUAUAGUAUUUUAAGUCUAAUGGACGGCGAUAACCAUCCAACUAAGCGUUCCAAUAAAGAUCCGUUGAAAUUUUCCGCCCUUCUCCAAGAGAUGUCCCAAAGCAGGCGACCCGAUCAUUUGAUAGAUAGUAAUAGGUCUAAUGAUCCAUCACGAAAUUUCAUGGAUUUGAGUCGCGCGCGCAGUGAACUGCCCACUUCCGUUAUCGGAUUGCCAUCGAGCAACAUGGCUACUGUUGAAUCUCGAGGGGAAAUCGGCCACCCGGCGCAUGGCGUUCAUGCACGAAUACCGGGGCCUUCCGAUAUGUCAACGUUAAUGAACAUGAGAUCUGCCGGAAGUAUGAUGUCACCCGCACGUGGUGUAUUCCCGCCCGAUGCAAUCUACCCUGGUUAUGCUAAUUCAUAUCAAAGAGAACAGAUGCUCAUGUUUGAACAACAGCAACGACAGCAGAUGAUGCAACGUGCAGGUUAUCGUCCAUUACCUCCAUCAAUGAUGACAAACGGAAUGCCUCGCAAUACACCUCCUGAAUACUCGUAUUAUCCACACGGAUCCAUGUUUGGUGGCAUGAUGGGUCAGUAUAUGAACGGUUCUAGGCCUCCAUCGGACGAUGUGUCGAACAAGAACUCCAGGGUAUCAUGACCUUUGCCAUUUUUUAAAACACGCACUGACUGUUUUUAACCUUCAUCACGCAAUAAUCACGUGUUCGUAUAUGAUCUCGUACACUACGUGGUCCAUCUUGACGAUGAACUCCGCCUGUGUUGAAACUGGAGCGUUAAUUAUUUUAUCACCCUCUUCUUGCCACAUUCAUGUUAAACAUUCUAUUAAGCAUUGAAUUGAAAAUGUGGAUCAGUAGAAUAUGUAAUUAUCUAUUUUCCACAACAUUUGCCACAUUAAACUGAGAUGUUUUAA